AUGCCAGUCCUGUUUUUCACAUAUCUACUUCAAUUCACGGACAAGAUAAGCUUAUCGACUGCUGGCAUCCUUGGGGUUAUCCAAGACACCAACUUGGUGAACCAGGAAUUCUCGUGGCUAAGCAGCGUGUUCUACUUUGGGUACCUGGCAGCGAGUUUUCCAGCAUCAGUUCUCCUUGUCAAGCUUCCUCUUGGAAAGACCAUUUCAAUUACUGUGUAUGGAAUAUUUGUGAUUCAAUUCCUAACCUUGAGUAACGAUGUUAGUCCUUCGUCUAGGGUCAUUUGGGGCGCAAUGAUUUCUUUUCACGCGGCCACGCAGAAUUUAAUCGGACUCUGUAUCGUUCGGGUUCUUCUUGGAAUAUUCGAAAGCGCGAUCAGUCCUGGGCUCUCUAUUAUCACGAGCAUUUGGUAA